AUGGCGGCGAUUCCGCGGUACCGGCAGCCCAACCCGCGCUUCGGGAAGGAGGUGCGUCCAAGGGCGUACACCGUCAGCGACGAAUCCAAGUACCUCAUUCUGCGCAACGUCCCAGCGCUUGGCGCGAGCGACGAGCUCAUCGCACGUUUCGGCAAGUACGGGACCAUUGAAGAGCACCGGAUGCUCGACGACCACGACGAUGCGACCGAGUUCCUCGACGUUGUCUGGCUGCGCUACGCGACGACCGACCAAGCGCGCCGAGCCAAGAAUUUGGGCGUGCGUGAGCCCUUCUAUGGCGGCAUCCUCCAGAUCGCCUACGCGCCCGACGACGAGACACCGACCGAAACGCGGACCAAGCUCGACGAGCGUCGGGCGCUGCUCCAGCAGCGCUACGAGCGGACGCUGGCGCCACGCCCAGUUGAGGCGGCCAUUGGGCCAGCCAUACCGUCGACGGGUAAGCGCGUCCGCGAGCCCGAGACAAAGCCGCCGCCAGCCCAGCGACGACGCAUCUAA